GACCUUGCAGGUCUAUUUUGAUACAUUAUUCAAUCUGGUCAGAAUGUUCUUUUUUUCCCCCCCUUGCUUCUGACAUCAUUUCCUGAGCAAUACAUUCAUUUGACAGUGUAGUUAGAUCCUCGUCUCAGCAUGGGAUGGAAGGAGCUCUUUAAAAUGGAUUUCAAAUCUUCAUUGACCCUGCAGUGCAUGCUGGUGAUGAUAACCAUUAUUGAUGGCUACGGUGAGACUAACAUACCUGUCACCGGUGUCAGAGGCAGCUCGGUCACCUUUCCUUUGCGAAGUCAAGGCUUGAAUGAUCUCUCAAAAAUAACUGGGCCCAAGUGUUACUGUUUGCUGACUGAAUCCAAUGAUACCUGGUCUGCAAACAUAUGUGGCGGGAAGAUGCAUAUCUGGAAAGGAUCAAUAGAGCUGGUGAAUGUGAUGGAGGAAGAUGAGGGGCUGUAUAUAUUUGAUUUUGGAGAAAGAAAUGAAACGUUCUUUCUGGAAGUGUUCGAUCCAGCCCAAAUCCCAACUAUUUCUAUCCACUGCCAUCCUAACGGUACAACAGAGUUAGUUUGUAAAGGGACUAGCAGUGCCAGUGACGAAUGUAAGUGGAUCUGGGAUACAGUUCAGCCUCAACCUGAGCCUUGCAUUAAGGAUGAUGGCAAGAGGUUAGUUUUGGAACAGCAUAAGAACGGAAAAGUUGUCUGUCAGAUUCUCGAGGGAAACAAGUCCAGGAAGAGUUCACCCAUAGAACUGAAAUGUGACAAUGGAGACCUACUGAAGCACCCGUGGUUCUUUUACAUUGUGGCAGGAAGUGGAGGGGCCGCCAUUCUCCUGGCCACUAUUUUUUCUGCAAUAACAUGCUGCUACAUGAGAAGCAACUACAAAUUCAUCCCCGUGCCUUCAGAGGAAGAAAAGGAAGAGGGAAUGCCACUCUCAGCCACUGCCAAUAAAGCAGCAAAGUGCCCCCCAAACAGUGAGGCUCCAGCUGCCAAAGCUGAUAGCCCUCUACAUCCUGAAGGCACAGGGACCUGCCAAAGCCUUGAGUCAGAUCUCACGAUGGAAGGCAAGCCCAAGGCAGAGGCAAAGUCUGAACCGGAUGCAGAGGUUGCCGUUGACAUUGAAAACCAGGAAAUGGAGUCAGAUUCAUUCCCCAGUCCUAUUGACCCCUGAUCAGACACACUCAGCCUUUUGCAUUCCUUAGUCACAUUCCACAUCAGAAUUGGUCUGAAAAAUAAUCCCUGAAUUAGAGGGGCCAUGUCCAUGAGAUGACCUCAUUUAAACUGUCCUUGUGGCUAAAGCAUAUUGCUGUCAUUAGCAAUGGGGCAAACAAGUCCAGGCAUAUAUAAGACUUUCCCAGCUCCCUGAGCCUUUGCCUAUUUAUAGAAUUGCACAUGAGCUGUGAUGCCUUUUGUAAAGUUCUGAAACAAUCUUGGCAGGUUUUUCCCCACUACAGUUGUCACAUUUUUGCCCUUUUAAGAUUCUUGGAUGGUGCCCAGCCUGAAAUGAGGAUUGAUGUAACUUUUUAAUUCGAGUCCAAAACAGGUGCAUGACAGAAGUCUCCUGAGAAAGCCUGUUCUCAUGAGAUUUUUCCAACAUGUUUUAUACAUCUAAGAGCUUAGGAGAAGGCUCAGAUAAGCACCAUUGUUUCGGGUACCUAUCUGGACCAAACUUCUAACCUCCAACCCCAUUUCCCUCCAACCUUCACUAGUUACGUGAAGCUGAAAGAUAUGGUACCAACUGUGACUGUUGUACAUAAUGGAAGAUAAUGAUUAAUCAUCAUGUACAUAUUGCAUUGCUGCCGGACCUACAGGUGGCCAUGAGUAUUGAUUGAAUAUUGAGAUGAGUGAUUGACAGCAGGUCAAUCUGGACUGCUUGCCUCUAUCAGAAGGGCUCUGUUGCAGCUUGUGUCUGUGAUUCUGAGAAGCUGGUUGGUGUCACCGUCUAAUAGUGCAAGGCCAAGAGCAUAAAUACCUAAAAUGUAACAGCCUGGCUAUUGCAGACUGAGUGAACUGGCCAGCUGUGUGUAUUUGGACUUUUUUUACUCUGUGUUAUCUGUGCUGACAGUGGUAGUUUAGAUAAUUCCUUAAGUGGGUUUCACCCUAGAGCUGCUCUAUAUUGCAUACAUUUAUUUUGCCUAGAAGAGACUGAGGAAUGGAGCAACAAGUGUUCUGAGAGAGAGAAUAGGGGCCUGUGAUUAAGGUAGCAGCUGGCACUACAAGGUGGGAAUGAGGGUCAUUUGCAACUUAUAUGGAAGUUGAGGAGAGGAAUACCAGCCCGUGUUGCAGGUCAGGCCUGUGAUACAUUUUCAGACCUGAGGAGCUUGGUAUCAAAACAAGAAUAAAGAUGGGUGCUGAUGAUCAGGAAGGAGGAACACUGGAAAAACUGCAUGUAAGGGCAGCAUUUGGAAUAGCGUGAUAGAAAAAAGCAAAUGGUGCAGUGCAGCACUGAUGCUGCUGGUAAGGCAACCAUGAUGGAGAAAUCAGCAUUGCAGCUUACUGCUUUGGGUGCUGGUUUCCUCUAUUUCACCACUGCUCAGUUACAUUCAUCCCAGUGUUGUACGGAAACAGAGGAGAGUUGUGUUUUUUGGAUGCUAGCACCUCUUGUCUGCAAUCAUCAGAUAAACAGAAAAGAAGCAAAACAGUCCCUCCCUUCCAGGCUGGGAGCUAGAGAGAAAUGCAUAUUUAACUGAAAGGUCUUUUAGGUCCAUUUUUAAGGGAAAGCUCUACACCAGUGGUUCACAACCUUCUGGCCCUGCCCACCAGAUGAGUGGUGCCAGAUUAGCCCACAGGAGCGAUCCAGUGUGCUGGCUGUCCUGCAUGCUGGAUCUGGUUGUGUACUAGUCUGACCCUGUGCAUCUGGAUCAAGCCAUGGAGAAACCCAACAGGCCAGCCUGAUCUAGCAUGCAGGGCCACCUUAUACAGCCCAUGGGUCCAGAAAUUUCACAGCAGUUAGUGCUACCACUACUUCUUGCUGCCAAAUUUCUGGAUCCUGCGCGUGAGAUGACAAGGCUCUGUGGGCUGGAUCUGUUCCACAGUCAAGUUGAGCACCAUAGCUCUACACCAGUGAUAGUGCUUUUGUCUAAAUGUUUCUCAGAGACAAUUGCAUUCAUUGGACACGAGGCAGAGUGUGUGGCACCCAGUGUGCAAUGCUAUACCCUGUGCUUCAUGGUGAAACCUAGGGGUUCAUGGGAACCCCUACCACUCUCAUGCAGUGGGGGACUAAGGGGCAUUUGGAGUGCCGGGGAAGUGCAGGCAAUUCUCGGGUUAGUGCUGGUUUGCUGCACUUGUAGGCAGACAAUUACAGAAAAAAGGGUGACAUCAACCCUGAGAUGGUGCCUACCCCCGAGUCUGUUGGUGCUCCAAAUUUUACAGAAAAGUUUCUGAGAUGCUUCAGUUACUGAGAGUUUGGAGGCAGGUUAUAGGCUGGAGCUAAACUGAUGUUUCCUGUAAUCCAGUAAAUAAAAGGAAAGAGGGCUUUUCUUCUGUGGGUAGUUUAUGAUGCAGGAUCCCUGCAAGGUCCUUCUUUCCCUUCUUUUGCUUCAGGAAACUCCUUGCUGACAUCACUUGUGUGAGAAUGUGUGUAUGUGUGUGUGAGCCCUGGAGUUGCUGUUCCCCAUGCAUUGCUGUUCUGGCCCAGGCUCUGGGAGGUGCUUAUUCAAAUGAAGGAGUCUGGUGGAAGGCCAAGAUGCCAGCCAGCCUUGCUUCCCUGCAGGUGGAUAUAGAAGACUAUUCCCCUUUGCUUUCUCAACACAGUGGUACAGGACUUGGGCAAAGAUGGCUCUUGUCACAGGGUAAGGGCCAGAGGGGAUUCAUGCAGCUUUUGCAUUGUAAUUUUUUUUCCAUAUAUGCUGAUGUUUGGCUGCGGGUUUUUUUUGAUGCUGGUUUUGUUCCUAAUAAAGAUACUGUUUUAUAGCUGA